AUGAUCGUCAACCAGGUCCUCCCUCAGUCCAUCGGCGGAAUCCUUCUUUGGGUUCUCGCAUUUAUUGUGAUUAAGGCUCUAAUUAAUAGAUUCGGUGGAGGACUGAAUGCAAUUCCCGGCCCUCGGUUCGCAGGAUUUAGCGACCUGUGGAGGCUUCUUGUUGUCUGGGGACGACGGCCCGAGCUAGCGCACAUCGAGCUCCACGAGAAGUAUGGGAAUAUCGUGAGACUUGGGCCGCGGACAGUCUCUGUCGGCGAUCCCGAAGCCAUUAAAAUUAUCUAUGGCUUGAAUUCAGGCUUUGUCAAGUCCGAUUUCUACCCUGUUCAGCAGACGACCGCCAAUGGCACUCCUCUCCAGAGCAUGUUCAAUACAACCGACAACAAAUUUCACGCCAAGCUCCGGAGAGCUGUGUCGAACGCAUAUGCAAUGAGCACCCUUGUCAACUUCGAGCCUCUUGUCGAUUCCACCUCGGUCGAGUUUCUCAAGCAACUGAAAGAACGAUACGCCAAUCGGUCCGGCGAUUCCGGCAUAUGUGAUCUUGGGCAGUGGCUGCAAUUUUACGCGUUUGACGUCAUUGGAGAGUUGACUUACUCCAAAAGACUGGGGUUUGUGGACCGCGGCAUCGACGUAGACAACAUCAUCGGAAAUUUAGAGUGGUUGUUGAAUUAUGUUGCUGUGGUCGGCCAACUGCCCUUUUUGGACCGCUUGCUAAUUAAGAAUCCUUUAAAAUUAUGGCUCAAGCUUGGAAACACGACAUCCCCGGUGGUUACCUUCGCGAGGAAGCAGAUGUCUACUCGUGAUUUCGCCAAGGAAAAGACCGCAGAUGAUUCCUCAACCAAGGGGCCUGUGAGAAAGGACUUUUUGUCUCGAUUCCACGAAGCGCACAUCAAAGAUCCCGCUUUCAUCAGCGAAGAUCGCGUGCUUGCCCUCACGGUGGCCAACAUGUUCGCUGGCUCCGAUACAACUGCUAUUACACUGCGCGCCAUUUUCUACUAUUUACUCAAGGACCCUCCCAAGAUGGAAAAGUUGACUGCUGAGCUUGUCGAACAGAACAACGCUGGAAGAUUCACCAGAGACGACGCGCUUGUCAGAUGGGAUGAAGUACGAGACUUGCCCUAUCUGGGCGCCGUGAUAAACGAGGCUCUGCGGUGUCAUCCGGCCGCCGGGCUUACGCUUGAAAGAGUUGUUCCACCGCAGGGCAUCACCGUUGCAGGACAUCAUUUACCCGGUGGCACCAUCGCUGGGUGCUCAGCGUGGGUGAUUCAUCGCGACGAGAGUAUUUUUGGGUCAGAUGCCAGCGAGUUUCGACCUGAAAGAUGGAUUGACGCGACCGCAGAACAGCAAGCCAGGAUGAAAAACGCCUUGUUUUCAUUCGGUGCAGGGUCAAGAACAUGCAUCGGAAAGAAUAUCUCCUUACUAGAGAUGUACAAAUUGGUCCCCGCCAUCAUCCGAACAUUUGAGAUUGAGCUCAUUAACCCGAAAUCAUCUUGGAAUUUGCAUAACGCUUGGUUUGUAAAGCAAAGCGGUUUUAUGGUGCGGCUUACAGAGAGAGAGACCAUCCUGUAA